AUGGACGAGUCGCGGGUCAUUGGCAGCUUUGUGGUGUGGGACUACGUGGUGUUCGCAGGCAUGCUGCUCAUCUCGGCAGUCAUAGGCAUCUACUAUGCCUUCGCGGGGGGCGGCCAGCAGACCUCCAAGGACUUUCUGAUGGGUGGUCGCAGUAUGACCGCAGUGCCGGUGGCUCUGUCUCUCACCGCCAGCUUCAUGUCCGCUGUCACUGUCCUGGGCACCCCCGCCGAGGUCUACCGUUUUGGGGCAAUGUUCAGCAUCUUUGGCAUCACCUACUUUUUUGUGGUGGUCAUCAGCGCAGAGGUCUUCCUUCCGGUGUUUUAUAGACUGGGGAUCACCAGCACCUACGAGUAUUUGGAACUUCGAUUUAAUCGAUUAAUUCGUCUCUGUGGGACAGUCCUAUUCAUUGUUCAAACAAUUCUGUAUACCGGAAUUGUUAUUUAUGCCCCUGCUCUGGCUUUGAAUCAAGUUACAGGAUUUGAUCUGUGGGGCGCAGUAGUGGCAACUGGGGUGGUCUGUACAUUCUACUGCACACUGGGUGGUCUUAAAGCAGUUGUCUGGACAGAUGUUUUUCAAGUUGGGAUCAUGGUGGCUGGAUUUGCAUCUGUGAUUAUACAGGCCUCAAUAACUCAAGGUGGCUUCAAUAAGAUUUUAAGUGAUGCCUCCAGUGGUGGAAGAUUAAACUUCUGGAAUUUUAAUCCUAACCCUUUGCAAAGACACACAUUCUGGACAAUUAUCAUUGGAGGGACUUUCACAUGGACCACCAUCUACGGUAUCAACCAGUCUCAAGUACAGAGAUACAUUUCCUGUAAAAACAGAUUCCAUGCAAAACUGUCUCUCUACAUCAACCUUGUGGGCCUCUGGGUGAUCCUUACCUGCUCCGUGUUCUGUGGGCUCUCCCUGUACUCCAGAUACCAUGACUGUGAUCCCUGGACAUCUAAGAAAGUGUCAGAAGUUGACCAGCUUAUGCCUUACUUGGUACUGGACAUUUUGCGAAAUUACCCUGGAGUUCCUGGACUUUUUGUGGCCUGUGCUUACAGCGGGACAUUAAGCACAGUGUCCUCCAGCAUUAAUGCCUUAGCUGCGGUGACCGUGGAAGAUCUUAUCAAACCUUACUUCAAAUCACUAUCAGAGAAAUCUCUAUCUUGGAUUUCCCAAGGAAUGAGUGUGCUAUAUGGAGCGCUGUGUAUUGGAAUGGCUGCUGUGGCAUCCCUGAUGGGAGCCUUGUUACAGGCAGCCCUCAGCAUAUUUGGCAUGGUUGGUGGUCCACUUCUGGGCCUGUUUUCUUUGGGCAUCUUAGUCCCCUUUGCCAAUUCAAUUGGAGCACUUGCUGGUCUGUUGGCUGGAUUUGCCAUUUCUUUAUGGGUAGGAAUUGGAGCUCAGCUUUACCCUCCACUUCCUGAGAGAACUUUGCCAUUGUCCCUGGAAAUCCAUGGCUGCAACAGCACACGCAAUGGGUCAGACUGGAUGUCAACUACAGAAAUGCCAUUUUCCACUAGUGCUUUUCAGAUACACAAUGUGGAAAGGACCCCACUGAUGGACAAUUGGUAUUCAUUAUCAUAUCUGUACUUCAGUACUAUUGGAACGUUGGUGACAUUGUUAGUGGGGAUACUUAUCAGUUUAUCAACAGGAGGAAGGAAACAGAAUUUAGACCCUCAAUUCUUACUGACCAAACGGGACUUUUUAUCCAAUUUUGAUGCUUUUAAGAAAAAGAAUCAUGUUUUAAGUUAUAAAUCGCAUCCUGUGGAAGAUGGUGGAACUGAUAAUCCUGCCUUCAACCACAUUGAACUUAACGCCACAGAUCACAGCAGCAAGAUCAAUGGGACUCGCUUGUGA